UACGUUCUACAUUCUGAUCCGAGGAUCAGCUGGAGGCAGCAAUAAACAGAAAGAAAAUCUGCAGCGGAAAAAAUAGAGGAGGAAGAAAAAAAAAUAGCUGCAGAUGUUAUGAUCUGAAAACAUCAGUGUAACAUUUUUACACAAAGCCCUUCUUCUAAGAAGAAAGCCUUUUAUUUUUGUAUAAUGGUGUUUUAACUACCUCACUUAAAGACUAUCUAAAGCUAUGCUUUAAAUAAUUGUUGUCGUUUCUACUGUGUGUGAGAUCUCGUUUACAACUUGAAUAAUACUGCAAAGGCAGGCCUUUGCUCCAACCAAGUGAAACCUUACAUUUGCACUACAGAAGCCUGUCUACUCUGAGAUCCAGCAAAGGGCUUCAAUUGAAAAAAAGAGACUAAAUAAAUUAGAAUCGCAUAAAAAAACAGCAACAAGUGAUACGUAAACACAAAUAAGAAAAUUCAAAAAGGCAGCUACAGCUUUUUCUUUGUGGACAACAAAAAGCACCUGAGUCAUCAAUACUUGAUAAUACAGCAGUCAUGUUUCAGCGUCUGAGCAACCUGUUGUUUGGGGAGGUGGAAGAGGUGGCCGCUGAGCUGAAGGGACCCAACCCCUGUGUGACGGAGGCCGAUGAGGAAGGAUGGAUGCUUGUCAACCUGCCUGGUUUGAAGUGUAGAAGUGAUGAUGGGAAUGAUGAGGAUGAUGGGGCGAGGUGAAGAAUCAGUUAGGGCGUGGCGCAAAUACACUGAUGCUCACCCAUGUGGCUGCCACACCAACAGUGUUGUCUGUCAGACGAUGGAAACACAUUAUUCUCUGUGAACAUACAUCUCCUUCCUCUUUGUUUAUGAUCUCAAUCAUGACAAAGGCAAUUAUUGAGUAUGGAAAUUUGCUUUGGUGCCUGUUCAGAAGCCAACCAAACAUCAAAAGCAACAUAAAAGUACCUCUCAGCAGAGUCAAGACAAACAUUAUGUCACUGACAUAAUCAAAACCUCAGAGGGUCAACACAACUAAUGAUGUGACUCUUUUAUGUUUUGUGUUUCCUUACCCCUUCUUCUUCCCCUCCUCCAAUUUUUUUAAACACCCUUACAUUCCCCACACUGGUAUGUGUGCGCGUGCGUAUGUGAUCCCUUUAAAACUGCCCCUUCACCCCGCAUGGCUUUUUGAAAAUCUACCACAUUUACUUCAUUUUUGACCUCCCACCUUAAACAUCUGUCUUUAUUGGCCGUCCCAUUCCCGAUCUCAUCGCUGGCAUGCGCUCAGAUGAAUCUGAUUGCAUGAUGCAGGCGGGGGAUGCACAAUCAUUUCCAAACAGUAACCAAUCAAAUCAUCAAGACACACAUACAAGGACUGAAUGUCCGACCCCCAUUCCCCACGCACCUCACAAGCGCCGUAGGACACAUAAAGGUCGGGCACGAGGUGCUGUAGCAUCAUCAGACCCCCUGUCUUGUCCAAGCGCUAGCCCGUCAGACUUGGGUGCCACUACACCCGUGACCCUGCCGAGACGGGCCAGACUGUCUACGCCCUCCUCCACCCCGUCAAUGUCCCCUGGCUCUGGAAGUGAGUGUGGGGGCAGUGGGGGUAGCAGUAGGGCAGGCGCAGAGAGAGGCUGCAUGGAUGAGAGCUGGUUUGUCACCCCUCCCCCCUGUUUCACUGCAGAGGGAGCCACAGCGGAGGCCAGCCCGAUGGAGGACCUGCUCAUCGAGCACCCUAGCAUGUCGGUGUACGUCUCCUCGAACAACUUCUCCAUGGUCUCCAACAGCAACCUGUCUGUAGUGGGAGAGGAAAGCAUUGUGAGCUUGGCAAGCAGCGUGAGCAGAGUGGCUGAACCAGCUGCUGUCCCCGCCACCCGCAGCACUAUGCCCACCAGGGUGACCCGUGGAGCAGCUGCCCAGGCUGGAGCUCUGGCCAAGGUCACCCAAGUGGCCAGGGUCCAGCGUAGCAAAGCCCGCAUCGAGCGGCGCCAUCUGGGCCGCAACCGCAUCCAACGCCAAAACCUCACCAGGGAGCAGGUCCCCCGCCACGCAGCCCACGCCAGAAACACCUUCCUUCACCAGCCUAGCAAGCGUAACAUCUGCCACUAAUCUCCCCAGCAACCAGGGGGCAUCGUUUACUCUGAGGGCAUUAGUAGUGCAUAGUCAACUCCAAGACACACAUGAUUAAAUGUAUUCACCCAGAGCACAUUUGCUAUCAUUUCUGCACAUCAUAUCACAUUACACUCAAAUACCAGUAGACUAGUAGCUUUUUUGUUUUGGUUUAGUUACAAACUGACUCCACCUGGUAGUUUUAUGCCCCAUUCUGCUCUUAUGAACCCAGCCCUCUGAGUACAUCUGUCUAGACAUUUAUUAUAAUUAUUGUCCAUUGCAGUAUCCAAACUACAAAAAAAAAUUCAAAAUAUUUAUACAGGUUAUACUUAGUAUUAUUAAUGUCUGAAAAACAACAAAAAGUUUAGCUCUGAUUUUCUUCUCCUAUCUUAGUAAAAUAUUCUCCUUCUUUCACCCUUUCUCAAGGCAUGUUAUUUUUGAAAACAAUGAAAUCUCUAAAAUACUUUGUAUGUUCAAUUUGGAGAUUAUCUGAAAUUUAAACAACCAAGUGUACUUUAAGAUUCUUUUGGUGGAACAAUGCAAGGCAGAGACAAGUUAAGCCCCAGUAUCUUUGCAGAGAAAACAACUCAUCAUGUCUUCGAAGCUUUAUAUUACAGGUGAUUAUAUUUUUAGAAAAAAGGUGGAAGGAUAUACCGUGUGACAAGUGUGAGGGGAAAAUCACCAGACAUUUGUUUCUCUCCUGUUUGGUCUUUCAACAUGCAAAGUAACAGACAAGAGCGAGGAAACAUGGCGCAACCUGUUUCAUCAUAGGUAACAAAUGUUGUGAUAUUUCUCUCUUCUCACUUUGUGAAGGAUAAGAGCAAGUAGAAGAUGGUGAGAGUAUGAGCAAAACAGACUAAAGAGUAAAAAUAAAUUUUUAUGAUGAAUUAGAACUAGAUAGCAAUAAAAGAAAUGUGGUUUACAUAAAGUGGCCAUAAGGAAGUGUUAUGUAACCCUCUGAGCAGCCCUAGUUUUGCAUAUUUCAUCUGUGUUGCUCUGGAUAAUGAAUAAGGUAUUUUGUUUUUGUGGACAUGGACAUUGGUCUAUAUAAUAAAUAUAUAGAAGAACUAUUGCUAAGGAGUAUAACUGGAGAUGAGGUGAAACGAUACAGGGCUUGCCUUUGGGUUACAGGGUAUGGCAGGUUAUAGUAAGUGCAAAGCGGUAUUGAUGGCAACUCUUUAUUUUGUUUUGUUAGAUUGUUUUUCCGCCCAUUUUCUCUCGUAAAUUGUAAUAUUAUUUUACAGUCUCGCUCUCUGCAUGCUUCCACCAAAGACAGAAAAGAAAGUUUGUUACUUGUCAGACAAAGAGAAAGUACACGUUUGGCUAAUAAAGACAUAAAAAAAAAAAAAAAAAAAUCACUCCCUGUAGAUCAAUACACAGCAUAAUGAUCAUUAAAUGUGUGGUCUGUAAACUAAAGUAAUGUGCCCGGCACACAUCAUCCAUUUUCAUCCACGGUGUGUGCUGUGAUCUUACGUUAUCCAUGUGAACACCAAAAAGAAAGUAAGAUCUAUUAACAUAUAAGCUCCUUCCAUUGUCACUGACUGCCCAGGAGGCAACUGGAGAAAGGGGGAAGAAACGUCUCCUUAAAUCUCCUUAAUCUUUUCUUGCAACACAUUCAGAGCUAUCAUCUUGCUUAUGGAUGUGCAACCCAUUGCGCUCUAACAUCGUCCCUGUCUCGUUAGCACAUCCAGCAUUAGCAGUGUCCACUUAAAGAUCUAGCUUACUGAUAUGUAUUCAACAACAAUAGUAAACAAUGGUGCUGAAGUGUAUACUAAUGUUUGUAAAUUAUUUGAGACAUGGAUGUAAGUUUGCACUGUCAUACAUUUUGUGAAAGUUUUAGCGGUGUGCUGUGUGCUUGUUUUAAUUUUGUGAUCUUUUUUUUCUUUUGUUUUUUGUUUUGAUUCAAAUUGUGUGUGAGAAGAUGUACUGACACGUAUAAUGCUAGAAACUCUUUAAAAAGACAUGGAUAAUGGUCAUUUAUUUGUCUUGUAAAUAUUACAAAACAAUUGAUACGCUCCGUUAGAUGUCAAAGCCUCUCAGGACUUGAGUCCACAAUGUUGUGUCCAAUGGGACUAAUGAGAAUCCUCUCUCUGCCUCACCUCUGUGCUCAUUAUCAAAUCAAGAGGGCAUUUCAGUGGCCAAAAGUGGUGUUUUUGCCCCAGCUUCAGUCUCAUCUCUUUGAGAUAAAAACUCAGAGUUGAUGUGCCAUAGGCAAACACUGCCCUCCAGAGGGUCCACAUAGCACAGCACUGGCUGUAUGGAUGCUGGUGAAGAUACAGUACAAUGACAUGGUUUUAUUACAGUCUGUACUGGUGUGUUCAAAGGUCAGAUUGAGAGUCUGGGGAUUCAUUUCUGAUUGUUUGGUAAAUGGAAAUGUCUCUUUAAGAUCAUCUAGAUGAAAGAGAUACUAUUUUCCCUUGAAUCACCUACCACUCAUUUUUUCAUUUCUGCCAGUAAUCCUAUAAAUUACUCUGUUUUAUUAGAAAUCUGUUAAUAUCUGUUAAUUUAUGAUAUAAUUAUGAAUAUUAUCUUUUUUUCUGUUUAAAGAUUACUAUUAUGUAUCCUGUUGAUUCCUCUGAAUGGUGCAGGAGAUGGAUCUGAGGUGAUGAGGCUAACAUGUGCACACACACACACAUAUUAUGAUCUCUCAAUGUAAGCUUCCCACUUACGGACUUACUAUUCAAACUGAUUGUGUUUCCGAUGUGGAAUUUUGUUUACCUGUUGUAAAAUAGUACAUACCGACUGAAAACAGGGUAAUAAUGAGAGAUCACAUGUAUGAAGUGUGUGUGCAUGCAAAAUGUAAAGAUCACCACAGAUACCAUCUACCUCUGCAAACCUGUCCUGUUUUCCUUAUUUUUAUUUCUUCCUUUCUCACCAGUGUCAUGUUCUCGGUAUGUUGUGUGUGAUUAUUGAAAGGUGUGGUUUAAGACUUAAAGUCAUCCAACAAUGGGGAGAGGGAGUGGCCACCAGGUGUGUCGAGCCUAUACGAUGUGGACAGGGAAAGGAUGAGGCAGGAGACAGAUAGUUUAUAUAUAUAUUUAAAAAAAAUAAAAUUAAAUGUAUCAUAAAAAUACAAUAGAAUAUGCUUGUAUUUUCCCAUAUAGUUAUUAGAACAGUUGUUCACUAGGAUGUUUUAAAUGAAAGGCGCUGAAUGUCUGGGGAGUUUCAUAUGUUUUAUGUUGUGCCCUGAAAUGAUGGCAGCUUAAAAACACUUGGGGUUUUGCCCAUGUUACAUCUCAAUUAGUACACCCCUCCCCCCAUAAAAAAGAAAUAUAUAGACAUAUAAAAUUUGGUGUAUCUGAUAUCUACAGUAUGGUGAUUGUGCCUUUCACUAUUUCUGCAUGGUUUUUGUGAUGUUCUGAUUUUUCCAUCCCCAAAGUGGACGGUUGUCCACCGACAGGCAAGACCUAUGCAAAAAUCAACCGAUGGGUUUUCCAGCAUCAAUUCAGAAAAACACAGGUACCCGCCAAAAAAACCAACAACAAUAAAUACUCAGGUUAA